AUGCCUGGACCAGCAGCGAGCGCAACCAAUGUGGGGGCUUCCAGCCGUUCCCCAAGUAAGACUGUCGCUCCUCGUGCAGCAGGCUCCACAGUCCGGCAAAGGAAAACAGCGAGCAGUGGCACUCGCAGUGGAGGCAGACCCACAUCAGCGGGAACAGGGGGCAUGUGGCGCUUCUACACUGAGGACUCACCAGGCCUUAAAGUGGGACCCGUGCCGGUGUUGGUCAUGAGCCUGCUCUUCAUCGCUUCAGUCUUCAUGCUUCACAUUUGGGGAAAAUACACCCGCUCUUAA